CACUAUCAUCCAUCAGGACUCAGCUGACAAGUAUUAUUUACAACUUCAAAAUGCCAUGGUCACGCUCUAUAAGGAUUUUUAAAUUUGGCAAGUCAGAGGUGUCACACAGAUGCAGCUCACGCUGUGUCAGUCCUCUGUCCUUUGACAGUCAGGCUGUGGGAGAAAAGGUCCGCUUGAGUCAUGGAGGUCGACUCGCAGAGAAGACUGAUAACACCUUCAAGAAUGGGCUGGUGUUCAGCAACCGUCCAGUGAGAGUCCAGGAGAAGAUUUGUCUGAGAAUAGAGAAGGAUUCAUCCAUCUGGGACGGGGCUCUGCGUGUGGGCUUUACCACUGUGCCACCCUUAACCAGAUCUCUGCCUCUGCCCAGCAUGUCCAUCCCCAACCUCACUGACAAGUCCGGACACUGGGCUGUUCCAUUGGAUGAAUCUGUCUGCCAAGCAGGUUCAGAGCUGGAGUUUUGGGUUUCUUCUCAUGGCAGCAUAUACAUAGGUGUCAACAACGAGGAGUACGAGCAACUACCAGGAGUGGACACUAAACAGCCGCUGUGGGCCAUGAUAGACAUCUACGGGCAGACGCGCUCCAUUUUGCUGCUGGACUCCAAGAAAAACAAAAAGCUGCUUUACCGUAGAAGAUCCUGUCCUGCACCUGAACCGCUCGCCUCACCUGAUCCUGACAGUCACUUUCGUUCAGUUCCUGAUGUUUCAGACUUCAGACGUGAGGACUGCAUCUCCUGUCUUGACACAAAAAUGCCAGAAGAUAACGUCUGUGUGGUGUGCAUGGCGAAAGAGGCCAGAAUCACACUGCCUUGUGGCCACCGAUGUUUAUGUAAAGACUGCAACUUCAGAGUCUGUGAGCAGUUUGGCACCUGUCCGCUGUGUCGACACACGAUCAGCGCUCCAUCAGUGGGGGAGCGGUGGUUUAUAGAGGUCAGCUGA